GCAGGUCACGAACAUGGUUCAAACUUUUUAAAUGGCUAAGCGCUGGCGACGGACGUUUGCAUAGGUGAGAUCGAUAAUCCCUCAGGGGUAUCUGUUCUGCGCCUAUACGAUUCGCAUAUUGAUGGCAACACAUAUAGACGUCGAUGGAAGAGGUAUACUUCAUCUUCUGCUUUCUUCCUUUUUUCCUUCUUGAUGUUUUGCGUGCAUGUGCGGACGGAGUUCUGCUGCAGAAUGGACAGGCGUUAUUUCGGAUGUUUCAUAUCAAAAAGAAAUCAAGGCUCCAGUCCUGGCUUCCUGCUUGGAAGUGCCAUCUAUUUGUAUUCCUGACACGCAACGGUGAAUUAAAUCGUGACACUGCAAACAGGUAGAGUCGAACUCUACUACACAAUGCUUAUUUAUAAAGUACCCCGUAAAUAUAUCAUGAUCAUAUGCCAUCUGUGUCAGCUU